AUGGCUACCAAAACGGAGGCUGAUACGGUCGAGAAUGCUUCGGUCGACGUGGUUGAAAACGUCGACCUGAAGCCACGCACUCGAGAUGUUGACGAUGCCUUGAGAUUUGCUACCGAGAGCGAAACGAUUACGUGGACGGAGGCAGAGGAGAAAAAGGUCGUGAGGAAGAUCGACGCCGUUAUACUGUUGUUGCUCUUCGUUGGCUCGAUCGUCUCAUAUGCAGACACACAAGCCUAUGGCUUCGCCGCUUUGUUUGGAUUGGUUAAGGAUCUCAAAUUGUUUGUUUUGAAGUUGGUUGGAGGCCAGCCGGUGAUCGAAACCUCAAAAUACCAGCUUUCUGCAAGCAUUGCUACACUGGGCGCAGUGGCUGGCCAAUAUCCGCUCCUCCUGAUAGCACAGUAUCUUCCAGUGGGCAAGUUCUUCGGAGCACUGAUAACAUACAUCGGCAUGACAGCGAUCCUGGUCAUCGUCUGUACAGAUUUUGCGGGAAUAACCGCGCUUCGGUUCUUUACCGGCUUCGCCGUGGCAACUCAGCCGCUGUCUAUCAUCAUUACAUCCAUGUGGUGGAAGAACAAAGAGCAACCGCUCCGCGCGGGCAUUUACAUUUCAGGCACAGCAAUCGGCUCCUUGGUGGGACAAGGUAUCGACUUCGGCGCAGUAAAGAUCGGUGGUACCUAUGCCAGCAGCCCCUGGAAAUGGAUCUACGUGAUCCUUGGCUCCGUGACGAUGGGGUAUGGCGUCCUUGCAACGCUCAUCUUCCCGGCCACGCCGAUGAAAGCAUGGUUCCUUACGGCGAGGGAGAAAGAGAUCGCAGUGCGCAGACUCGCCCAGAACAACACGGGUAUUCAGACCCGCAAAUUCAAAUGGAAGCAGGUCAAGGAGGCUUUUAUGGAUCCUCAAUUAUACAUCUAUGGAAUUUACAGCUUCACAUUCGCCUUUGUCAACAACGCGAUUGGAAGCUUCGGUGGCUUCCUGGUGUCGUCCUUCGGAUACUCGAACUCGAGAGCCCUCGUUCUCUCCAUGCCUGCGAGUGCGGUGGCCAUUGUUUGCAUGGUCUCAUCAGGCGUGCUGGGGACAGUAUUUCCGCGGAGACGGAUUCUGAUCGCUAUGCUCUACCUCCUGCCCAGCAUGGCGGGCAACAUUCUUCUUUGGAAGAGCGACCGCUCCAACAAGGGAGCACUUCUAACCGGGCUGUAUAUUUCAACCACCCUGUAUGGGGCAUUGGUGCAACAAUUCGCGCUCCUCUCUUCCAACAUCGCCGGCCACACGAAGAAGACCGUCACCAACGCGACGAUCUUCGUGCUCGCCAAUCUGGGCGGAUUCUCUGGGCCGUGGGCUUACAAGGGCGAUGAAGCUGCGCGUGGGUAUCCGACGGGGCAGAUCACGACGCUGAGUUUGCUCUGCGUGAGUCAGGGGGUGUUUGCUCUGCUUUGGCUCUACUAUCUCCGAUGCAACAAGAAGAAAGCUCCGCUGAGGGAAGAGCACCCGGAGUUAAUCACAGAUCCGAGCAUCGCAUUCGCGGACAUGACUGACCAGGUCAAUCCGGUGUUUCAAUAUAUGUGCUAA